AUGCGAAGGUUCUGCUGGCGAGAGCGGAGCGAGAAGCUUAACUGGCGGCUUCUAGGAGCUUUGGAUGUGUCCGAUGUGGUGCGUCGAGGGGAUCCGGCUGUUCUGGAGCCGUACGCACUUCAUAUAACGUUCGCGCGACUGCCCAAUACGUUGAAAGACCCGACGACGCGCGACGCCUGGUUCCUCGUGCGCGUCCUGCAGCUGGCGAUGGAAUAUCUGCUCUAUAUGCGAGCGAGAGAUGGCGACGUGCUGGAAUCGCUGAGUCAAGAGCUGCGGCAGGUGGAACAAGAGCGAGACGAGCUGGUGGUGAGCACGCAGAAGUGGAAAUCCAAGGCUCGGGUUGGUGACAAGCAGGUGGAAAAGCUGCAUCAAGUGCUGCAAAAUAUCGCGAAACUGUUGCAGAUUCACGGGUAUGUUUUUCUUUAG